GCUGUGGGAGUGCGAAGAUGGCGGCGCCCAUAGGAAGGCUGCUGCAGGCUGUGGAGCAGCCUCUGGGCAGGGGCCUGAGCGCCAACAGGCAGGUUUGCCAAGGCCUAGAAGCACUACUUAGUCCCGUAAAGCUGUGUGCCUCUGCUGCCAUCAUUACUGUGAGAACAAAGAAGAGACAUUAUGUUCCACCACGUAAACAGGACAGCUCCGUUGAUCAGGAGAAAGCAGCUCGGGCUGCAGGACUGGUGAUUCGGCAGCAAUACAUGGAACGACCCAUCAACAUUUCGUGUACAGCUGGAAUAUUUGAUCCAUAUAUUCCACCUGAAGGGGAUGCUCGCAUGUCCUCCCUAACAAAGGCAGGAUUUAAACAACGUUUAGAGCAGACCAAGCAAAGUGCAGCCUCACAGCUUGCAAUCCGAAAGGUGAAAGAACAUGAUCAAGAAUUCCGCUCCAAGGACUUUGCGUCAAAGGCCCAAGAUAUUUAUAUAGAGGCACACAACUGCCUUGUGAAUUUUGACAAAGUAUCACUUCACAAGUUGGUAACCGAGCGCUGUUAUCCGGAUAUGGUGCGUGGCAACAGGUACAAGACCAUUCGUUGGAGGUUUCUGCAGUCGCUGGAAGCACCGAAGUUGGUGCAUGUCCGAUGUCCUGACAUGGUCAGCAAAGGAAACCUCUACGGUCAGGUUACCGUAAGAUUUCACACUCAGCAGACCUUGGCAAUAUAUGAUCGAUUUGGUCGUCUGAUGUAUGGCAAUGAAGAUCUACCGAAAGAUGUCCUGGAGUACGUGGUGUUUGAGAGACAUUUAGUUAAUCCCUAUGGUUUGUGGAGAAUGCAUGGAAAGAUAAUACCUGCAUGGGCUCCUCCCAAAGACCCAAUCAUUAAGACCAUUAUGAUCCCUGCACCCAAACUCGAGCCAUGGGAAGAGAUUGAGGUGAAGAAUAUUGAAAUCCCCAAACCUGAAUCCGUACAAUGGAGCAAGUGAGGAGCAGCGCAGUGUGUGAGAGGGACUGGAAAUUGAGUUUGAGCUGUGCUGCUUUCCCUGGGGUUUCAUGUUUCAUUCAAUACGGUGGACAUGAGUUGAAUUUUUACACACCACAUUGUCCUUUGUUCAUGAGCUUUAGUCUGCAAGGAAAACCUGGAUAAUGCAAAUCCCCCUCCACUAAGAGUUAAUGUAUGUCAGAACACAUCAGUUUUCCUUCAGCCCUAGGAUCACUUAAACCUGGAAUCAGUGCCAGAAUUCCCUUUUCUCAGUCUAAUUUCAGAGUGAGCUUCUUUCAGUUUUUAUUAUUCCAAGCAUUUAUUUCUGAGCAGUUGCUCCAACCUUGUACAUUUCUGGCUACUGAAAGCUAGGUUUAACAGGAGACAUACACACAUUAGCUUUAUUUUAAAAUUGUAGUGAAUACUGUUUUAACUUGUUUCUUAUAUAAAGACCUAGAGAAAUCUUCUGGUUAUUUAUCACUGAUACAUUCAAACAUCUAUAUAAGGAGAGAACAAAGAACAUGGAAUUUAUCUUAAACAAAAACCAAAAGAACUGCAGAUUGCAGUAAAUCAGAAACAAAGGCAGAAAUUGCUGGAAAAGCUCAGCAGGUCUGGCAGCAUUUAUGGAGAGAAAUCUGAGUUAAUGACCCGAUCCGAAACGUUAACUCUGCUUUCUCUCCACAGAUGCUGUCAGACCUGCUGAGCUUUGCCAGUAAUUUCUGUUUUUGUUUGGAAUCUAUUCUCUAGUAUUUAAUUUUGAUUUGGUUUUCACUUCUUCCAAUGUAGAGUAAUUAAUACUCAGGAUGAGUGCUGAAGUUGUAGCUUAAUGGGCUAAGUUUAAAGGUGGGGAAUUUCAAGGUUUUUAUGGAGACCUUACGUGAUCUAGGGAAUAAGAUAGACCUUCAGAUCAGGUGUCAGUCUUGCAACUUAUUCCCUAGGAUUGACUUCCAGAUUGCAUGAAGGGUUCCAAUUUGUAAAUAAUGGUAAAGAGCUCUGAUUUGGAGUUCAAGAUUUACUGUUUCUCUUUAAUAAUGAAUAAAAUCUUAAGUAUAUGUAUUGUGUGUAAAAAGCACAAGAUUUAAUGCA